AUGUCUGUUUCCACAAUCGAACACGAUGCGUUCUUAGUCGAAAACUGGAGUACUGAGACACUUGUCCUUUACCUGCAAGAGCAGGGCCUAAGGCUUGACGAUGAGGACUUCGCUAUUAUCCGCAAACGAAAAAUCGAUGGCCAGGUCUUUCUUGAUAUGACCGAAGAAAAGUUCAUGGUGGCUGGAUUGGAAAUGGGACCGGCUAUGAAACUCGCAAAAGAAGCCAAGGCCCUCAAGACCAUGCCGAAGCGUCCUUUCUCCUCAUACCGUAGUUUGAAAGAGGUAUUGCAACAGUACGGCCUCAAUAACGGGGUGACAGACAUUUACCAAUUCGACGACGAAGAUGAGGAAUUCCUUCAUUGUGUAAAGGACAUAAAAAACAGGUUGAGUAACAUGGGAACGGUUGUUGACAGCAACGAAGCAAUGCGCUGUGAGUAUAUUAGCGAUCCUACACGCAUCAAUCCGUAUAGUCAGGCGAAUCACCGAGAAAGGUCUUACUAUAACUCCACA